GGCCGUCGGGCGGCAGGGUCCCCGGCGGGGCGGGUUCCCCCACCGCACACCUCCCGCCCCGCCGCCCCCGGGAAGCCCCGGCCAUGGCCUCGGACAACAACAGGCAGUUCUGGAGGAGGAGCGCCAAACUGCCCGGGAGUAUCCAACCUGUGUAUGGAGCCCAGCACCCUCCUCUGGAUCCUCGACUCACCAAAAACUUCAUUAAGGAACGGUCCAAAGUCAACACCCUCCCCUUGAAGAAUAAGAAGGCCUCCAGUUUCCACGAGUUUGCCCGGGAUACUAGUGACGCCUGGGAUAUCGGAGACGAUGAGGACGAGGACUUUUCUUCAGCCUCGCUCCAGACGCUGAACUCUAAAGUUGCUUUGGCAGCUGCUGCCCAGGUCUUGGAGAACCACAGCAAACUGCGGGGAAAACCAGAGCGCUCUCCACCCACGGUGGUUGACGUGCCGGGCAACUGCAAGGUGAUUAAGUCCAGCAGCGAUGCCCAGCUGUCCAGAAACUCUGGGGAUACCUGCCUGAGGAAUCCUCUCCACAAACAGCAGUCGCUCCCCCUCCGGCCCAUCAUUCCCCUCGUUGCCCGGAUUUCGGACCAAAAUGCCUCCGGGGCACCCCCCAUGACCGUCCGGGAGAAGACGCGGCUAGAGAAAUUCCGGCAGCUCCUCUCCAGCCCCAACACGGACUUGGAUGAACUGAGGAAGUGCAGCUGGCCGGGAGUGCCCCGGGAGGUCCGCCCCGUGACGUGGAGACUUCUGUCGGGAUACCUCCCAGCCAACACGGAGAGGAGGAAGAUGACACUUCAGAGGAAGCGGGAAGAGUACUUUGGCUUCAUUGAGCAGUAUUACGAUUCCAGAAAUGAAGAGCAUCACCAAGAUACCUACAGGCAGAUACACAUCGACAUUCCGAGGACGAAUCCCCUCAUCCCGCUGUUCCAGCAGCCGCUCGUUCAGGAGAUCUUUGAAAGAAUCCUCUUCAUCUGGGCCAUCCGACACCCUGCCAGUGGCUACGUCCAGGGAAUCAAUGACCUGGUCACCCCCUUCUUCGUCGUCUUCCUCUCAGAAUAUGUUGAAGAGGACGUGGAGAACUUCGACGUGACAAACUUGUCUCAGGAUGUGCUGCGGAGCAUCGAAGCAGACAGCUUCUGGUGCAUGAGCAAGCUGCUGGAUGGGAUCCAGGACAACUAUACCUUUGCGCAGCCCGGCAUCCAGAAGAAAGUCAAAGCACUGGAAGAGCUCGUCAGCCGGAUUGACGAGCAGGUACACAAUCACUUCAGGAGGUACGAGGUGGAAUACCUGCAGUUUGCUUUUCGCUGGAUGAACAAUCUGCUGAUGAGGGAACUGCCCCUCCGCUGCACCAUACGGCUGUGGGACACCUACCAGUCUGAGCCAGAAGGAUUCUCCCACUUCCACCUCUAUGUGUGUGCAGCCUUCUUAAUCAAAUGGCGGAAGGAGAUCUUGGACGAGGAGGACUUUCAGGGCCUCCUCAUGUUGUUGCAAAACCUCCCCACGAUACACUGGGGCAACGAGGAGAUCGGGCUCCUGUUGGCGGAAGCGUACAGACUGAAGUACAUGUUUGCAGACGCCCCCAACCAUUACCGCCGGGAUAGCGUCCCUCCCCCGCUCGCCGCGCCCCUCCCCCAAGGUCACAUCACAAGCCACCUGGUGGAGUUUUUUGUGGUCUUCCCAUCGUCGGCGGCGUCGGCCCGACUCGCAGGACGGCAGCCGCGGCCCCGGCCCGUGGCGCGGGACCCCAGGCGCCGUCCCCCAGUGACCCCACCCACUGUCUGGCGUGUCGCGUUGCCCGUCUGGAGUCGUUUCUCAGGCACCCCCUGACUCUGUCCUUCCCCUCUCGCCGUGCCUUGGCAGUUUCCUUCGGAAAGCAAGGGGGCAGGUGGCCCGGCUCCUCCUGCCUGAUUAAAGACACUUCACGUUCCCAAACGGUGGCUUUAUUUUUUUGGUUUUUAUGUUUGUACGGGCAAGUGUGAACUCCAAACAAAGUGGUAGCGCUGUGAAUAAACCGUUUCCUCCUCCACC